UCCGCCAUCUUUGUCGCUGUCUUGGMGUUCGCAGGUGUUCACAAAGCAAGAAAUGCAAAUAUUUCGAUUAUAAAGGCCAAAAAKAUGGAUGAAGAAGAGAUAGACUUUAGRACAGAAGCCCAGGSAGUUAUCAAAGACAUCGCUUUCACGGUGGACCACAUCAAAGUUUCAGAACGACUUCCCUCAAGUGCCGAAUGUGUUUAUUUCAACAUYGUUACUAAAGAAAGCAAUAUAUACUGUGUGCAGUUAUGCGUGCAAGGUUUUAGGGUUGUCAGUAAUUCAUUUGAUGUUUGUGCCGACAAUCCAUCAGGUCCAUUCUAUGAGACUGUGUAUGCUCUACUUGACAAYAUCAGCCCUCUGUACACCCAGAUGUUUGGAAAUGAACUAUCCAGGAAACUAUUACAACUAAAAGACAACAUGGACAAAACAACUCAAUAAGAGAAUUAGUUUGGUAAAGAAGACAGCAUAUAUAAGGAAAGAUCGAGCAUUUUCCAAUGGAGCAUUUCUGUACACAAACAUUUUCAGAUAUUUUGAAGUUCAUGCACAUGAAAAUAGGUAUUCCAGGAAAAAUUAAUAACAGCUUAAAAAUAUUGCCAGGAAAUACCUUUUUUCGUGUGCAUACUUUCAAAAUUACACAAUGCGUCUUGGUGAUCAUUCAUGAAGAAUAUUUAUGAAAAAAACCCUUAAUCACAUUCAAAUUUUUAGUAAUGAUGACAUGCAUACAUUGACUCAAUUUUCAGUCUCAUACCCAGUCGUUUCUCUUGCUCCUUUACAGGACACAUUGCAUCAAGGGAAUCUGAACUACCAGUUUCCUUGAUCCUUUGAGCAUGCCAGAGAAAAAAAAAAGAGUAACACUGGGCAUGAGUCUGCUCAAUUUUACCAUUUGAAAUUAUUGGUAAUAUAUAMUAUGUAAAUAAUAGGAAAUGAAUUGGUUCAUAGUUUUAGCUGUUCUUUCUAACUUACAUAGGGUUAAUUUUUACUGUWCGUGUAGCAAUGCAUGACAGUUACUUAUUGCAGUAUGCUGAUUACAGYCUGCACUGCAAUGUAACCAGACCAGAUAUAACUUGUUGCAAAACAAAACAAUUGUGUUGUGUUAUUGACGAGUGAAGUAUGACAAUACAAACUUGUGUCCGCCA